AUGGAUUCUUCUGCAAAGAGAAAGGGACCGCCUGGAGGCGGUUCGGAUGGUCGUCAGCUGAAGCAGCGCAAGGCAAGAAAAUGGAUCACGACGCACCACAAGGCCAAGCUCGCGGCUUUGAAGGCCAAAGGUAACAGCCUUGAGAUUGGUGGUAUGGGGUUCUGGGUGACCUGUCAACGAGGCCAGGAAGCAAAGGCAUUGGCUGAGAUUGUCUCUCUGAGCGAGGAGUAUGGCGAGAAGGUCUAUGGCAUCAAGCCCCAGGAGGUUAGCAUAGAUUCCGACGAGGAGGGCGACAUCGAAGCAUCGAUCCAGAAGGAGAUUGAUUCGAUUAAGCCUUCGAACAAAGCCCAAAGUGAGCAAUCCGUGUUUGAUCCAGUGCGGCUGAACCUGGACUGCCUGAUCUUCAUCAAGACCAAGCCCCCCGUCGAGCCAUGCCAAUUCGUUCGAAGGAUUUGUAACGAUGCAAAGCUGGUCGGUGACAGAUCACACCGCAAAUCCAGAUUCCUUAACCGUCUCACGCCGAUAACCUUUAUGGGCAAGGCAACCGAGAGUGGGGUCGAGGAAGUUGCGAGAAAGGUCCUUCCCGAUCACUUCCAGCUUGCAGGAGCCGAGGAGAAGAAGCCCGUGGAUGGAGAGCCAUCGUAUGCUAUCCGUUUCUCUUCCAGAGCAAACACGAACCUGAAGCGCGAUGACGUAAUCAAGCAGGUCGCCACAUUGAUCGGCUCUCGUUACAAGGUCAAUCUUUCGAAACCAGACAAAGUCAUUCUCAUUGAGAUUUUCCAGACUUUCUGUGGCAUGAGCGUCGUUCCUGGUGACUGGGACGCGUUGAAGAAGUACAAUAUCCGGGAACUCUACGAGGCCGCCUCUAAGCAGCGGGAAUCUGCAAUACCGGCAGCCACUGAGCCCAAGCCGGCCUCUCAGCCUGAGCCGGCAGCUGAGACCGGACCGGUAGAAAUCCACGACUCGGGAACAACUCCCGUGCCCUCGUAA